GCAGCGUCCUACGAUCAGACACGAGCCGAACACGAGCUUGUGUAUGAUGAUUACUUAUGCAUGUGUGCUGUUGCUAGAAACGGGGAGAGGAAGAGAUUCGGAGCGGCGACGGAAGUCGCGAGAUAAUAUAAACACUUGGAAACCGUCGGGGCUGUGGGAACGAUCGUUUUUUCUGUUACGAUAUACUACAACGAAGUUAAAGAGCGUUUAUUCUUCUUAAAGGACACUAUCAAUAGAAAUGAGCGUCAAUCCGUUAACAUGGAAAUCCAGAAAUUUUUUAUAUUUCAUUCUGGGAUUGAUUUCAUUUUACGCUCUUUUUAUCCACAAGAGGAAACACAAUGUGAGCUUCGAAGCUACCAUCAGAAACUCCAAACCAGUUACUGUCUGGGAAUUCGUUGCUGAUUUUAGCAACAUGAAAAAACUUAAUCCAACUAUAGAGGAUUUCAAUAUCAUUGCCGAAAGCGGAGAUUUGGAUCAUUGGAAGUAUUCGGUCAAAUAUACAGAACAUCUUAGUCAUGUACCUUCUGUACGGAACACAGCUCAUGGUCAUUACUCGGUGAGACCCGAAGGUGAUGGUUUUUUGAUCAGUUCUGAGCAUCGAACAUGUUUUUACUCCACUUUUGAUUGUGUGGACUCUCUUUCAGAGUUCAGGUUCAACAGCAUGGGUAAAGAUACAAAAUGCCAAGAAAUUGUCCAAUAUGAAUGCCCAAUUAUAUUCUCCAUGCUUUGCCAUAAGGAAGUCAUGUUUCAGCGACGAGAAAUCAUGAAGAGAUUGGAACAACAUUUUACAAUGAGCAACAGCAUUGAAAAAGAUGAUGCAGAAAAUUGAAUCAAUUUAUAUAAGUGACAAUACCGAAUUUUUCUAUGAAAAGGAUCUAAAAUAAAUUCUCAAUGCAAA